AUGGGCUCGACAGCGCCGGCUCGUGCGGCUGGCACGGCUAAAGUCAUGACUGCGCGGGCACUGGAGCCGUCUCGACCGGCACUCUAUCUCGUCCUUCUUUGCGCGGCUGCGCUUCGACUUGGCAUCUUUAUCUACACUUCGACGCCGCAGGUCUUGGAGGAUAGACCGGAGCUCAGCACGCCGUUCAGCAGUCUGCGUGCGCUCAGGGAGACACACUACCUCUUCCACCGCCCGCCGUCGCCGAGUCCAGGCACCGCGUCCGGAGGCAUCCCAGACCCUUACUCGGCAGGAACAGUCCAUCACUCGCCGCUCCUCCUGCCCCUCCUGAACAGCGCGCUACAGCGUAUGCAGCGCUCCGAUGACGUGCUGCCAACCGCGCUUAUAUGGACUGCAGCAGAUGUGGUCGCGGGAUGGCUACUCUUCCGAAUCUGCCUCACGCGCGAAGUGGCAUUGUGGGCCCGCAAGACGCAUCUGUGGUCCUGGGAUCAGAGCCGAGCCGUCAAGGUUGCGGCACUGUUCCUCUUCAAUCCGUAUACCCUCGCGACCUGCUUGGCAAGAAGCACAGUCGCCCUCGAGGUCGUGGCUCUACUUGCGACUAUCCACGCCGCUAUGGCCGGCUCGGCCGUUUCGCUCGCUUUGCAUUGGGCCUUCUCAUCCCUGAUCAGCUUGUAUCCGGCAUUGCUGCUGCCCAUGCUGAUCCAGCUCGCGCGUCGAAGGGCCGGCGAGCGCGUCUACGAACGCGAGGUGGCUCGCAUCGGCAGUGCCGCCAGCUCGACGGCCAAAUCGUCGCGCCAGCUCGGCUUCCUCGUCGACCGCGUGCGAUCCGCCAAGCGCUUCAUGGUGUUCAAGUGCGUCGUGCUCAUGCCCGCGGCGCUCGCGGGCGGCCUGUGGCUUUCUCGAGCCAUCGCUCUUAGUCCAGGCGACGCUUCCAUUCGCGCUCUUGUCAGCAACAUCGCUGCGGUCAUGCAGGUGCCGCUGGAAGAAGGUUGGGCGUGGACCGAGCAGGUGUACGGCUCGGUAUUGCUCGCGACCGAUCUCACCCCAAACCUCGGCCUCUGGUGGUACUUCUUUAUGGAGAUCUUUGACCACUUCCGCGACUUUUUCCUGCUCACCUUCAACGUGCAUCUGGCGUGCUACGUGCUGCCGUUCUCGAUCAAGUAUAGGCAAGAUCCGCUCUUCGGCAUCACGCUCAUGAGCGGUGUGAUCGCCGUGUUCAAGAGCUAUCCUACGCUCGGUGACCACGCCGUCUUCCUGGCGCUGCUAAGCUUGCACAGCCAGAUUCUCGAAUAUAUGCGCUACCCGCUGGUGUCGACGCUGACCUAUACGUACUGCACUUGCCUCUCGCCGGCGUUCCACCACCUGUGGCUCACGGCGGGCUCGGCGAACGCCAACUUCUUCUAUGCCAUCACGCUGGUGUGGGCGUUGGGCGGCGGCAUGCUGGUGCUCGAUGCCAUGUGGGCGUGGGGCCGCGAACGGUGGGAGAAAGAGCGGCCGCCGAUUCGAGCGCGGCCCAAGGUGCAGCCCAAGUCGCCAAGGCUUGAUGAGCCAUCCCUCGACAACGAUGCUUCAGAUGGCGGUGCUCCGGUGGCUGUGAAGGACCAGAAGGAGAACCGCGCUCGUCGCGUCGUUGUACAAGUGUAG